AUUUUGAUUUUUUUCCCCUUCAAACAAUGAUAAAUAAAAUACACUUCCAAUUUAAAUCCUGCUUUUUAUGACAUUCUGAAGCAAACUGCUCCAUGUGACGCUGUGGAAGUCUUAUGCUGAAGGUCCCUGCAGGAAGGUUGCUGAUAUAUUGUCCCUGACUUGUGCAGCUUUCAAAGCACACAGUGUGCUAGUGCUACUGCUCUCAGCCAGUAGUGGUCUGCCCUCCUCUGCCACUUCUGCACGGGUCUGGCUCGUUUUUGUGUCCUUCAGCCUGUCGUUUGUCAGCACCUGGUUGCCUUUAGACCAGGACGGUGAGACGUCCAGCUUUAAUUGUAAGAACGUAUGUGCCUGAGAGUCUGACACACGUCUGUUCGAUGGCUACCUCAGGCUCCACCUUUUCUGCCUCCACCACUGUGCCUGAGGGUUUUCAUUAUGAAACCAAGUUUAUUGUGCUCAACUACCUGGGACUGCUGCCUGCUGGCAGAUCACAACCCACAACUCAAGGUAAUGUGGUGGGGCAGCGCCCGAACACCCUCUAUCGGCAAGCCCCCACUGGUGAAGAGUGGGAUUGGGUCGUGGUUGAGGGUGCAGAGAGAGGUGGAGAUUCCAAGAACCAGAGAGAGAGGACGACAGCGAUAAAAGGACAGAUAGAAGAAGAGCUGAGACAACUGGAAGAUGAAAUCACUGCCUCUGCUUCCACAUCAGGCUUUGACCAGCAAAGAUCUCUGGUGUUCAACCCAGCCAACCCAGAGACCUCUGCUGAAGACUGCCUCGCUGUGGUGGGAGACCGGGUGGCCGGAGAGCUCGACACACACCUCACAGCAGCCGUGCAAACACUCCUUGCAGGGCCUCUGGACUAUCAGAGAUUCAGAGACACAUCAGUGAAUCUCUCAUCACACACACAAGGAGGCUGGAGCAAGGUGUUAGUGCCUUUGGUGCUGCUCCAGGCUUUAGAAAGCAAGGGACAGUCACUGACGACUCUGUUAGAUCUCGGGGUGCGUUUCUUAGAGGAGGAUGAAGCUGGCUUCAUCAUGCAGCAGGGGGGAUGGGGUGAAAUAUACAGCCUUGAGUCCGAGGAGGAGCGAGGUGUGACCAUCGCUGAAGACAGCAACGAUAUUUACAUCCUCUCAGGGGAGCAGCAUCCAGACCAGCUCAGCCCCCCGUCCUCUCUGCUCUGCACAGGAGACAACAGCAGCGGGCACAGCUCCUGGCAGACAGAAAGCUUGCCCGUGUCUCUGGCAGGCCACGAGUCUUGGGCACAGGUCGCUGCGAUGGACCCCGAGGACGCCAAAAGCCUGGACAGCACUGAGGGCGGGGCUCUUGCUGAGGAGCGCAGCGAGAACAACUCCUCAAACUCGGACAUUGUCCACGUUGAGCGCGAGGAGGCUGAGCUGCUGGAGGAAGGCGGAGAAGAAGGAGCAAUAGAAGAUAGCAUGAUGAGCGUUUUAGGAACAGAGAGCGAGCUGGCUGAGCUCAGGGAAGAAUUUAGAGACCAGACUCCACCUGUUCCAGAGCCAGCCGAGGCGGACUCCGCAACCCCGGCCUCCCUGCUCUCAUUAGAGGAGCCAGUGGUUAUAGAGACGCCUACAAUCUUAUCAGCAGAGCCUUCCCUCACAUCCUUUGAACCAGAGCUGCCUCCUCUUGUCCCAGAGGUUGCUGCCCCUCCUCCUUCUGAGCCAGCACCCGCAGCACCCUUAUCUGUUCCUGCAUUAGAACCAGACCCUGAGCCAGAACCAGCUGCUGACGCUGCCCCAGUGCCUGCUGAGGUAGCACCCCAAUCUUUGGCCAAGGAAACCCCCGCUGCACCAGCAGAGCCUGAAGUCACCUCAGAACCAGCCCCUGAACCAGAGCCAGAACCAGAGCUUGUCACAGUGCCUCCCCAGCCAGAACCAGAGACUGCAGAAGAACCAGAUGCCCAGCUAGCUGCACCUCCUGUCCCAGAAGCCCCUGCUGAGGAGCCCCCGGCGCAGCCAGAGAUCAACACAGAUCUCCAAGUGCUGCUGUACGGAGGAGCUGCUCUGGUGGCUCUGUUCGCUGUCAUGGCUUACGGAGUCAUAAGCUACAGGAGAAAGUAACGCGUCUGUCUCAGGGGAGGGAAUGCAAAUUAUAAGAUGUUAAGGUUAAAAUAAAUGUACUAGCACACACGUGGUGGGACUCUCCUUACAAAGUGUGUUGGACAUCAAACGAGGCUGCAUUUUUUUCACAUCAGGUUUCAGAGGUCACGAGUCUGUGAAAACAUCCCUGCAGAGAACCAGAAUCUCACACGUCUUCAUCCUUAAUGCUGGGAGCCCUGGCUGCUUCACUCUGUCAGGUGUAAUCACAGAGAGGGGGAGACCAUGCACUCCACACUUCUUAUUUUUAUGUCUUCUCUUCCAAACCUUUCGGGUUCACUUACAAGCUUGUGUUCAGAUUCUUCAAACUCCGCCUCAUCAUUUCAAACUUUGGAAAGUGUGUGAACUCAAGUCCUCCUCCUGCUAGUUUCAGUUUUUUGUGUCUGUGGUUAACUGAUUGAAUUUCUGCGUAGGUGAACCAACUUCAAACUCCAACUGCCUUCCCUCCUUUGCAAUUAUAUUUUCUUUCCCCUCUCACUGUGACGGGUUGAUCAGAUACUGUCUCUGAUGAACUAAACCAAAUGUGAUAUGGUUAUAAAACAAGUACUUUGAUUUUGUGUGUCAGUUUUAGAAACUACCUCUGACACAGAAUGGAAGUAUUGGAUCUGACUCAUUCUUUUUUUUCAUACUGCACAGGGGAGUUGUAUCCCUCUACAGGCAGCGUGUUUUACUGUCUCUAGUUAAACAACGAUAAAGUUGCUACAUGUGAUGAUGAAAGAGCCAUCAGGCCGGGUUUACUCCUGAGCCAUUGUUAUGCCAUCAUCAGAUAUGAUUUAAAUAGACUUAAAUCUACUGAUAAGGUCCAGCUGAGUAGUUUAACACAUCAAGUAACAAAAGGUUGACUCCUUUUGUCAUCGGUUUCCCCCUCUUCAUCCUUCACUUCAGCACUGUCGGCUUUUGAGCCACUGAUUAUUCUUACUUUCAAAGUUACACGUGACGACAGAAGAAAGUCUGCAGAACAUGAUUUCAGUCAUCUUUUUAACCUUCAAUGGAUUUAAUUAUUACAUAAUUUGAUCACUCUCAUUUCAGUUCUUUUUUAAUACCUUUACCUAAACUGGUCGUACAUGCUGUUUGAUAGUUAGGACUCCAACCCCUCUUUGAGUUAAAAGAAAGCACUUAAGUAAGGUACCGCCGUAUCAAACGCAAAAUGUAUUUCAUCUUUAACGAUCAACACAGCAUCAAUUUCUUUUUAUGGUUCCUCGUGCAUAGAGAGGCCAGUUUUAGAUUGCUUAGAAAUACAUGACUACAUCUCCCACUUGCUGAGUUUUGUGCAGUUACUAUCGAGCUAACAAACACUACAGUGCAGGAGUCUUUCCACUGAAUAUGUGAGCCCUUGGUGGAAUCUCCCCCGGCUUCCCAACCCGUUAAAUCAGGAACAAAGAAGUUUCCUUCUCUGCCCUUAAAAUCCCCCACUUACUGCAUCACCACUUCGAAAAUGUCUGUUUGGAGAAACUGGGAAUCAUUUAGUUGUUUCACCAUGAGAAUUCAUGACCUGCUGUCGAAGCAUGUUUGGUACAGAAGGGAUGUUUCCAUGUUAGACACAGUAGUUCUCAUGGACUUUUAAAGGGAAACUUUAAGGGAACAGAGCAGGAAGGAUGUCAAAAGGUCCCAAACAUGACACUUUGUACCCUGAGUUUCCUACGAUAUUUUGUUUGAGAUGAGAAUAAAAGAUUGAAUAUUUCAGAACCUU